UCUGUUUCUCUCGUCCGGGUUUCAGGGGGAGGCGCCAUGAAGUACUUGGCCCAGCUGGUGGUGGCGCUCCUGGCCUUCUCGGCGGUGGUGCUGAUGGUGGCGCCGGCGGGCGCGGAGGCGGCGACCUGCGACGCGCUGCAGCUCACCCCGUGCGCGGGGGCCAUCAUCGGGAGCGCGGCGCCAACGGCGUCUUGCUGCAGCAAGAUGAAGGAGCAGCAGCCAUGCAUGUGCCAGUACGCGCGCGACCCCAACCUGAAGCAGUACGUCGACUCCCCCAACGGCAAGAAGGUCAUGGCCGCCUGCAAGGUGCCCGUGCCCUCCUGCUAAACCGACGCAUAUAUGAUGAUCCACACGCGCCUCUCUGGUCUCUUCGCUGCAUGCUUCAUGUGUGUUGAUGUGUCAGUUUUUGCAUGUUUCCCAACACUGUCUAGCUACCCUGACGAUGUUGUGGACCUAUUUGUAUCUGAAUUUCUGAAUAUACGCAAUAAUGAUGAUGUGUCUACUACUGUA